UGGAUACCGAGACCCGCCUGCUCUGAGCCCCCCCUCCUGUCGUCCUCUUCCUGUUUCCUGUCUCCUUUAAUGAAACCCCCGCCGCUGAGCCCCGGACGCCAGAGCGGCGAGUGGCAGUGCGUUGCCGGGCCGACGGCGUGGGACGAUGCUGGGAUGCGUGGUGCGUCUCCGUCGGCUGGUCCGCCUGCUCCCGCUGCAGACCUCCCUGCUGCUCCUCUUCCUCUUCUGCGCCGUCAGCUUCUUCAUCUCCGCCUUCCUGUAUGGGGCCAAGCGUGAGCUGGAGCCCUCUCGGGGGGUCGCGACCGGGGAGGAGGGGGCGUCGGCCGACCCCUACGACCCCCGGGUCACCCCCUCGCGGCUGCUCCCCCGGGGGCGGGUCCCCGGGGCCCGGGGGGGGAGCCCGGUGCCCGCACGGGACCCCGUGGUCGUGGUGUUCGUGGAGUCCCAAUACUCCCAGCUGGGCCAGGAGAGUGCCAUCCUGGAGUCGGCGCGCUUCCGCUACCGGACGGAGAUCUCGCCGGGCAAGGGCGACAUGCCCACACUGACGGACAAGGAGCGCGGCCGCUUCACGCUGGUCAUCUACGAGAACAUCCUGAAGUACGUCAACCUGGACGCCUGGAACCGCGAGCUGCUGGACAAGUACUGCGUGGAGUACGGGGUCGGCAUCAUCGGCUUCUUCAAGGCCAACGAGAACAGCCUUCUGAGCGCGCAGCUCAAGGGCUUCCCCCUCUUCCUGCACUCCACUGGGCUGAAGGAUUGCACCGUCAACCCCAAGUCCCCGCUGCUCUUCAUCACGCGAGCCGGCCAGCCCAUCGCCGGCCCGCUGCCCGGAGACGACUGGACCGUGUUCCAGUCCAACCACUCCACCUACGAGCCCGUGCUGCUGGCCAAGACGCAGUCGGCGGAGAGCGCAGCGCUGCUGGGGCAGAACGCGGCGCUGCUGCCCUCGGUGGUGCAGGACCUGGGGCUGCACGACGGCAUUCAGCGCGUGCUCUUCGGGAACAACCUGGCCUUCUGGCUGCACAAGCUGGUGUUCGUGGACGCCGUGGCCUUCCUGACGGGCAAGCGGCUCUCGCUGUCGCUGGAGCGCCACCUGCUGGUGGACAUCGACGACAUCUUCGUGGGCAAGGAGGGCACCCGCAUGAAGGUUCCCGACGUCAAGGCGCUGCUGGAGACGCAGAGGGAGUUGCGCACCCACGUGCCCAACUUCACCUUCAACCUGGGCUUCUCCGGGAAGUUCUUUCACGCCGGUUCUGACGAGGAGGACCUUGGCGACGACCUGCUGCUCUCCUACGUCAAGGAGUUCUGGUGGUUCCCCCACAUGUGGAGCCACAUGCAGCCACACCUCUUCCACAACCAGUCGGUGCUUGCUGAGCAGAUGCUGCUCAACAAGAAGUUUGCCAUGGAGCAUGGCGUCCCCACCACCAUGGGCUACGCAGUGGCACCCCACCACUCAGGGGUGUACCCCGUGCACAUCCAGCUCUACGACGCCUGGAAGAAGGUUUGGGGGAUCCGGGUGACCAGCACGGAGGAGUACCCCCACCUCAAGCCCGCCCGCUUCCGCCGCGGCUUCACCCACAGCGGCAUCAGCGUGCUUCCCAGACAGACGUGUGGUCUGUUCACUCACACCAUCUUCUACAAAGACUACCCGGUCAGCCCGGACGAGCUGGACAAGCUCAUCAACGGGGGCGAGCUCUUCCUCACCGUGCUACUGAACCCUAUCAGUAUUUUCAUGACCCACCUGUCCAACUACGGCAACGACCGGCUGGGCCUGUACACCUUCAAGAGCCUGGUGCGGUUCGUGGAGACCUGGACCAACCUGAAGAUGAUGACGCUGCCCCCCGUCCAGCUGGCCCACAAGUACUUCAGCCUCUUCCCCUCAGAGAGAGAGCCCCUGUGGCAGGACCCCUGCGAGGACAAAAGGCACAAAGACAUUUGGUCGAAGGAGAAAACGUGCGACCGCUUCCCCAAACUGCUUGUCAUUGGCCCUCAGAAGACAGGGACCACCGCGCUCUACCUGUUCCUGGGGAUGCAUCCAGACCUGACCAGUAACUACCCCAGCAAGGAGACCUUCGAGGAGAUCCAGUUCUUUAACGGACACAACUACCACCGGGGGAUCGACUGGUACAUGGAGUACUUCCCCCUCCCCUCCAACACCAGCUCAGACUACUACUUUGAGAAGAGCGCCAACUACUUCGACUCGGAGGUGGCAGCCCAGCGGGCUGCGGCGCUGCUGCCCAAGGCCAAGAUCGUCACCAUCCUGAUCAACCCCGCCGACAGAGCUUACUCCUGGUACCAGCACCAGCGGGCCCAUGAGGACCCGGUGGCGCUGAAGUACUCGUUCCAGGACGUGAUCACGGCGGGCCCCGAGGGGCCCCUGCGGCUCCGCGUGCUGCAGAACCGCUGCUUGGUGCCGGGCUGGUACGCCGUACACCUGGAGCGCUGGCUCUCCCACUACCACGCCAGCCAGCUGCUGGUCCUGGACGGGCAGAUGCUGAAGAGCGAGCCGGCCUCCAUUAUGGAUAAGAUCCAGAAGUUCCUGAGCCUGAGCAACGUGGUGAACUACCACAAGAUCCUGGCGUUUGACCCCAAGAAGGGCUUCUGGUGUCAGCUGCUGGAGGGAGGGAAGACCAAGUGUCUGGGGAAGAGCAAGGGCCGGCGGUACCCCGACAUGACCCCUGAGUCCCAGGCGUUCCUCAGGGAGUACUACCGGGACCACAACAUAGAGCUGUCCAAGCUGCUGUACCGGAUGGGCCAGCCGCUGCCCAGCUGGCUCAGAGAGGAGCUGGUCCACAGCAGGUAGCAGCCCCCCUCCCUCUCCGCCGGCGGCCUCGCUGCGGUGCCCCCCCCCCACCUCCCCGUGGAGGAGGUGGUCCUGAAGAGGAUGGAGAUGGACCAGCGCCCAGCCAUAAGCCCCCCCCCCCCGAUGGACACUUCAGAUUCGGUGGCUGAGAUCGGAGCGGCGAGCGGGGGGAGAGCUACAGCUGACAGCUGUUUAGUUCAGCAGCGAGGACCCUGUUCUGGGAUGAGGGGGGACAGGGUCUGGAGCAGGACCUGGAGCAGGAGCAGGACCUGGAGCAGGACCUGGACCUGGAGCAGGACUGUACCUCUACGACUCUGAAAAGUCCCCGAGACACACAGAGGAAGACAGUGAAUCAUGGGAACUUCCCCCAACACACACACACACACACACACACACACACACACACACACACACACACACACGUAAAACCACUAACCUGACCAUCGUAUGGUGCGUCAGGCCUUCUCCUGGUCACUGUCUCAAGGAAUCAAAGCAAGGAGGAGCCGGACUGAGCGGGUGUGGGGGGGGCCAGCGUGGAGAUGGGCGGAGGCCGAGGUCGGUGUCAUGACCCCUGACCCCUGAACCGACCGACAGACGCCUCCCACUCUCUCUCCAUUGGGUUUUGUGUCACAUUUGGAACAGAUGCGAGCAACGCAUAAAGUACAGACAUGGGUGUGGGCUGUGAUUGGAGGAGAGGAGAGGGGGUGGGGCAGGAGUUAAAGAUGCCGUUGGUUGAGGACAUGUGGGAGGAGCCCGAGACAGCUGGCGAUUGGCUGGGAUUGGUUGCCUUGAUAGAAUUCUAGUUAUUGCAAAUACAAGUGCCAGGACGACGGAAUCCUGAAUAAAACAUUACCAUGUGGACAUCAGAUAAAACUUUAGUUUGUUUGGUCGUUGUUGGUUUUAUUUCCUUUUUUUUUUUUUUUAUGAUAGAAUUUUUUUUUUUUUUACUCAGAGUUUAUUUGUAAUAACUUUUCUAUGAUGUUGGUGACACAUUGUUGUAGAAUGUACCAUACAUGAUUCAGCGAACAAGGGACUAGGUGUGUCCUUGCCUCGAUGGGUUAAACUGUUGCUUUGACUUUCCCUUUAGUCAUUUUCAUGACCACGGAAUUGGCUAAAGACGGUAACUGACAAAACGAUGAAAGCACAAUAUUUAAAGCUCUCUGGUAACGGGAAGCACACUCAGAGUGGACGCUGAUGCUGUCUGUGAAGAUAACCCUAGCUAGCUAUGUUAACGGUCUGGGAGAGAUGAGCUGGGAUGUGCAUACGGCUCCAUGCUGUCCAUACACGGUUUAAUUUAGGAAACGCGUACAUGUUGCCCCAUACAGCCAUGGUUAAUUUCAACAAAUUGGGUUUUUAUUAUUAAAUUUUUUCGGGAGGGCCAGAAGUGAAGUCAGCGCGGAGGUACCGCCUCGAACAACAAGAUGCAAUGCCUCGACGUAGAGGAGCUGCUCUCACCGCAAUAGUUGUGUACAGCGUACCCGACGGAAUAACAAUGCACAUAUUUGUCCUUUCAUUUCCUUCCUUUGUAUUGUACAUAAUAUGCAAUGGUUGGUAUCCCGAGUUAAUGAAUGUGUUCUGUGGGCCGCCGUGCCCGAUCAACUCCCCGGUGUGAACGGUCAGCGCUGUAUUAAAGGGCGAGGGCGUGUUGGGUCCAUUACCGCGUGCGUUGAAAUGACCACCCCGGCUCACAUCCACUCACUGCCAACUGUUGUACAGUGCUACCGGAUCUCUCCUUAUAAAGUAUUAAAGUGAUACAAAUGCAUAACAGCAACGAUGGUACUAAUCCCAGUAUGGACUGUAUGAUACAGAUUUGUAAUUGUUGUCGAUAAUUUUUACAGUGUAACUAAUAUUGUCGGUGCUUUUUAAUUUGCAAAUAAAACACCACUGUAUUUUUCAGUAA